CGCGCUGCGCCCGCGCUGGGACUUCCCCGGCGCUUUCUACUUCGUGGGCACCGUGGUAUCCACCAUAGGUCAAGUGGUCAACAUGUCCAAGCCCUGUGUGAAGCACUGUACACACUUUAUCUCAUUUACUCCUCACCAUCCUAUGGAAGUUUCGGCAUGACCACCCCCGCCACGGUGGGUGGGAAGGCCUUCCUCAUCGCCUAUGGGCUGUUUGGCUGCGCUGGGACCAUCCUGUUCUUCAACCUCUUCCUGGAGCGCAUCAUCUCGCUGCUGGCCUUCAUCAUGCGCGCCUGCCGGGAGCACCAGCUGCGCCGCAGCGGCUUGCUGCCCGCCACCUUCGGCCGCGGCUCUGCGCUCUCGGAGGCCGACUGCUUGGCGGGCUGGAAGCCCUCGGUGUACCACGUGCUGCUGAUUCUGGGCCUGUUCGCCGUGCUGCUGUCCUGCUGCGCCUCGGCCAUGUACACCAGCGUGGAGGGCUGGGACUACGUGGACUCGCUCUACUUCUGCUUCGUCACCUUCAGCACCAUCGGCUUCGGGGACCUGGUGAGCAGCCAGCACGCCGCCUACCGGAACCAGGGGCUGUACCGCCUGGGGAACUUCCUCUUCAUCCUGCUCGGCGUGUGCUGCAUCUACUCGCUCUUCAAUGUCAUCUCCAUCCUCAUCAAGCAGGUGCUCAACUGGAUGCUGCGCAACACCACCCACCAGGUCGCUGCUCAUCCUUAA